AGUGAUCGAGAAUGGAGAUCGUGACGGGAGCGAUUAGCACCCUCCUGCCCAAGCUGGGAGAGCUGCUGAGGGAGGAGUACUGUAGACCCCCGAUUUUGGAAAUCGGAAAUCCUCUGUGUUUAUCCGUACCAAUCCCUGGAUCAGUAGUUGGUUGUCAGGGAUUUUCAGGAUGUUACAAGUACCAGCUGCAGAAGAGCGUCAGGGGCGAGAUCAUGUUCCUCAAAGCUGAGUUGGAGAGCAUGGAGGCAGCGCUGCUUGAUGUCUCUGAGGCACCAAUUGAUCAGCCGCCUAAUAAUCAAGUCAAGCUUUGGGCGAGGAACGUCAGGGAGCUGUCCUACAACAUCGAGGACAGCAUUGACAAGUUCAUGGUGCGCAUUGACACCCAUGCCGCACCUCACAAGCUGCAUAGCUUCAGGGACUUCAUUGAUAGAAGCCUAGACCUGCUGACAAAGGCCAAGAUCCGCCAUUCCAUCGGCACCGAUAUCAAAGACAUCAAAAGCCGUAUUAAGGAGAUUAGUGAGCGUCGUGAUAGAUACAAGGUUGACAAUGUUGUUACCGUACCAUUUAGUCCAACUGUUGAUAGCCUUCGCCUAUCAGCUUUGUACAAGAAGAUGACAGAACUCGUUGGCAUCGAAGAGAAGAGCGACGAGCUAGUCAAGAUGCUAAUGGAGGGGGACAAGCAAGAACUGAAGAUAGUCUCUAUUGUAGGAUUUGGUGGAUUAGGCAAGACAACACUAGCUAAAGUAGUGUAUGAAAAGCUUAAAGUACAAUUCGCUUGUGGGUUCUUUGUUACCAUGUCACUUAACCCCAACAUGGAGAAGAUUUUCAGCAACAUGCUCUGUCAACUAGACAAGGAAAAAUACAGUCACGUGACCAAAGCAUCAUGGGGUGAAGCACAACUUAUCAACGAAAUACGGGAAUUCCUUCAAAACAAGAGGUAUUUUAUUGUUAUUGAUGACAUAUGGAGUAAUGUUGUGUGGGAAACAAUCAAAUAUACUUUCCUUGGAAAUGAAUGUGGAAGUAAAAUAAUUACAACAACUCAGAUUCUUGAUGUUGCCAAAGAAGUUGGAGGUGUUUACCAACUAAAACCUCUUUCUCCUGCUGUUUCAAGAAAGUUGUUUUACCAAAAAAUAUUUGGUGCUGAAGGCAGAUGUCCUGUUCAAUUAGCUGUAGUGUCUGAAGGCAUUUUAAAGAAAUGUGGUGGUGUACCAUUAGCUAUCAUUACAAUAGCUAGUCUACUGGCCAGUAAAAACGAUAGGGAUAAUAUAUUAGAGUACUGGUCCAAGGUGUACCAUUCUAUUGGUUCUGGGCUAGAAGAUAAUCUUCAUGUGAAUAAUAUGAGAAAGAUAUUGUCUGUCAGUUACUAUAAUUUACCACCACAUUUGAGGGCUUGUUUAUUGUACCUAAGCUGUUAUCCGGAGGAUACUAACAUUGGCAACAAAGAUGUGAUAUGGAAAUGGAUAUGUGAAGGUUUUGUGCGUGCUGAACACAUGAAGACUUUGCAUGUUGUUGGAAUGGAGUAUUUAAAUGAGCUCUGGAACAAAAGCUUGAUACAGCCAAUAUCUAAUUGUGAUAACAUGCCAUGGGAUUAUUGUCUACAUGAUAUGGUGCUUGACCUCAUCACCUUCUUGUCGAACGAAGAGCAAUUUAUGACAUCAUUAGGUGAUCAGCAGCCAAUGCUAGUACCUCACAAGAUCCGCCGACUAUCCCUCCAAUCUAUCAAACAAGAGUACUUCAAGCUAAUUUCAAAUGCGGACCUAUCCCAUGUGAGAUCACUGAUUGUGUCCAAGCAAGCAUUCAGUCUGUUACCAAACCUUUCGAGCUUUCCGGUGUUACGUGUGUUGGAUUUAAGUGGUUGUGAUCAAGUGGAUAAUCGUCAUUGUAGGGAUAUUUGCAAUACGCUUCACUUGAGGUAUUUGAAUCUACAUAGGACAUCUAUAUCUGAGAUUCCAGAAGAGAUUGGUAAUUUACAGUUCUUGCUGGUAUUGGACAUAACUAAAACUAGACUAAGGGAAGUGCCAUCAACCUUUGUGCAAUUACAACAAUUGGUGGACCUGUGUGUUGGCCCUGGGAUGAGAUUACCGGAUGAUUUUGGGAACUUGAAAACUCUACAAAGUAUAUGGCCACAUAUCUAUGUCAUGUCUCCAACCAUGCUGCGCAAUAUGGGUGGUCUGACCAAGCUGAGGCAUUUGUCAAUACGAUUUCAUGAAUGGGACGAGAGCUACCAGAAAUCUUUUGAGUUGUGCCUAUCCAACCUGGUCAAUCUCAGAUCAAUAACCGUACGUGUAUAUGAGGGAGUCAUGGAUUCCAAAUGUGAGAAUUUAUCACCGGGACCACAACAGCUUGAAGACAUCGACAUGAACAGGAGUGUGGCCAAUUCAGUACCAAUCUGGAUGUCCUCAUUGUCCUUCCUCUCAUCCCUAGACAUCAAGUUGAAAACAUUGGGGCAUAAGGACCUCCAAAUCCUUGGGAACAUGCCAUCUCUUAGUGAUCUUACCUUAUGGGUGAAUGAGCCCACGCAAGACAGACAUGAAAGGUUGGUCAUCGACAAUUGUUAUCCAUUCCACUGUCUAACAUUUCUUAAACUGAUGGCUAACAACAUGGAGGUGGCGUUUGCACAAGGACCCAUGCAAAAGCUCCAAAAACUACGCUUUGGAUUUGGAGUGCGGAAAACAGUGGAUCAGUUUGGUAAUUUCGACUUUGGACUGGAGAAGAUCUCAGUUGAGCAUUUAGAUGUUUGCGUCAAUUAUUCCGACGCCAACAGAUGGGAGGUGAACGCUGCGGAAGCUGCAAUCCGGGAAGCGGUCAACAUGAAUCCCAACAACCCCACACUCAAGUUAACAACGGUAACUCACACUAAUUCACCAUUCCCUUUUGAGCAAUGACAUGCAUGUAGGAGUAUUUGUUUAGCUAAUUAUUUGCUUGCUUGCUUGCUUGUUUGUUCUUUAUCCAGCUUUUCGUUCUGUUGUGAACUUUGUGAUGAUGCAUCUGACGGUGCGAUUAUCAAAACCGUCUUAUCCCAACUCCCAAGCACAUAACUCCCUCCCAUUCCACGAAACUGAGCAUGUCGCCGGCUCACCACUGAUCAAAGUCCACAGCGGCUGCCGUCGAGUUGACAGUGUGCCGGAUCUGGAUAAUAUAUGCUGCUGACAAGUGACAACAGCAGAGUAGUGCUUGUCAUGGCCACAGCCGUGAAACAUCAAGCAACAUCCCCCACACAGUGCCCACCACUCAAGUUGUCGAGGUGGCAGCGGCCCCAGCCGUCGCAGAUUGAACCAUUCAUACCUAGGUUUGAUAUUAUUGCUCCUCUUAUUUGUCUCGGAUCAAAUUCUUGAAUGCCACUGCUAAAUGGUUUCCUGCUUGUAUACUCGAUGAUUUGGUUUACUUGAUGUUAUCUGAAUAUCUAGAUCUGUGCAAUUUAUACUUCAGUGAGUUGAUUCUGAUCAAUCUUUGCACCUUGGGGCUGCCAAUGAUGCUCUAGAAUGAAUGUUAAUUUAGUUAGUUCAUACUUCAUAUCUGGUUCAUCGACUUAAUUUCACAAAAUAUUGCAGUGGCAAUACAAGUGGCUAGAACAAGGUUUUGAUAAGCAAAUUUCCCUGAACGUUUCGCUGAUGUGGAUGACAAACUUAAGCCUGGGGUGCAGAAAGUGGAGUGCAGCUUUGCAAGAACUGAUGUCAGUCAUAGAGUCUGAACCUGUGUAGAGCUAUAGAUCUUGGAGCUGGCACUAAGCCUCUGACCAGUUGGGUGGGAAAGAUAGUGAUGCUAACUUAAGGUGGUGACAAUCCAAAUCUUUCUUGCCAAGCACAAUUAGAGCCGCAUGAGGUUCAAGAAAUUCUCCAAAACCUAAUACCUCGCCCAAAAACGGCGGAUCAGAGGGAACUCCUAUACCAGAGAACUCAUAUAUCCACUGCAAAUGCAUACCAACUCCUAAUGUACCAUGGAUCACUCUGGAAAGUGGAAACCAGCUGAUUAUAUCUGGCUCCAAGUAAUUCCCAGCAAUUGCAAAAUGUUCCUUUGGUUGGCUUUCAAGGAUAAAUUAAACACUAAAGGAAACAUGGUAAAGAAGAAGAACUGGGACAACAACCCUCACUGCGAU